AUGGUUCAACGCAUCCGCGUGUUGCAUUGCGGGGUGGACAGUUACGGUUGCGGUCACUGUGGUGCAUAUUUCUGCGACAAGAGUGACGUCAUCUCUCGUAAUUUUAAUGGGAAAUUUGGUAAAGCUUAUCUUGUGAGUCGUUGUUUUAACUUUUACUUCGGACCGGCAGAAGAGAAGGAGUUGAUGACGGGAAAGCACAUCGUGCGCGAUGCUUUCUGUUCUAACUGCGAUAGUUACUUUGGCUGGACGUAUGACUUUGCCUACGAGGACAAGGAGCGGUACAAAGUUUCUCGGUUUGUAGUAGAGCGCCAACUCUUGCAGGCAAUAGCGGCGGGGCCCGCUGCCGGCUCGUGA